GGAAGUGCUUUACUAUUCCAUGAAGUCAAAGCGGUUUAUUUUGGUAUUGAGCAGUGCUUUAUAAAUCGCGUGUGCCAUGAUAGCGAGCAGAUUUGUGUCUACUUUCUCCAGGACCUGGCGAUACCGCUGUGUUUCUGAUCCUGUCCAGAGCUUCAGACUGUUGACCUGGCGUUCGUGUUCCUCCGUCGCAGGACACAAUAACAGCAGUAAUAAUAUUAAAAACAAUCGGCAUCAUACACACAUGAGGGUCAUGGAAGAGAUGCUGCGGAGGACUGUGGCUCCGGUACCGAAUUAUGAGACAAGAGAUAAAUCCCCUCCACCCCCUGACUCCAACAGCCUGGACUUCAUGCACUACUACAGAAACCUGGGAAAGGAGCAGAGACUCGUGUUUCUGGAAAUGCUGGCCAGGGAGUAUGGAGUGGAUCACAGAGGAGCUGCUGAAAUGGCACGGAAGCUGGUGGAUACACAGUUACGGGACUUAGCUACUAUAUUACAGGCUGAAGACAGACUGCGUUACAGUUUAACCCCAAGAUACAAACAGUUACUGAACCACAUUAGCAGGGUGGAGGGAGGGGUGAAGUUUCUGGUGGACCUCCGAGCUGAUGUUCUUGACUUUACCUCCAAAGUUACUGACAGCCCACACUUGAGGGAUCUUAACAGCACUUUGAAGAGCCUCCUGUCUGAGUGGUUCUCUGUUGGGCUUCUCCGGUUAGAGAGAAUCACAUGGCAGUCCCCUUGUGAGCUCCUUCAGAAGAUCAGCCAGUAUGAAGCAGUGCACCCAGUGCGUAACUGGACAGACAUAAAGCGCAGAGUCGGGCCUUACAGACGCUGCUACUCCUUCACACACGCCUCCAUGCCUGGAGAACCUCUAGUAGUCUUACACGUAGCCCUCACACAGGACAUAUCGGAUAACAUCCAGAGUAUUGUGCGAGAGUUCACCACAUUGGAUGCAGUAGAGGAAGUGGAUAAAAUCAAUACAGCCAUCUUCUACUCCAUCUCCUCCACCCAGGCUGGUCUGCAGGGGGUGGAGCUCGGCAAUUACCUCAUCAAGAGGGUGGUGCGAGAGCUGCAGAGUGAAUUUCCUCACAUGGCUCAGUUCUCCAGUCUCUCUCCUAUCCCUGGCUUUACCUCGUGGCUGCACGGUUUCUUGGGUCAGUACAGGAAGGAGGGUCGUGUCACCGAGCUGCUCUCUGAGCACGAGUGGACGGAAGUAGAGGAGGCAACAGGAGCAGUUUCCGGUGCUGCUGCUCUUGAUGCCCUGCGUGCCCUCCUCGCCUCUGGAGACUGGCAUCGCUCUGAACGCUUGACCCGUGCUCUGGAGCCAGUCCUAAUGCGCCUGUGUGCCUGGUAUCUGUACGGAGAGAAGCGGCGCAGUUAUGCCCUCAACCCCGUCGCCAACUUCCACCUCCAGAACGGCGCCACCCUCUGGAGGCUCAACUGGCAUGCCGAUUCAAGCCCCAGAGGCAUCGCCAACUCGUGCGGCAUCAUGGUCAACUAUCGAUAUUUCCUGCAGGAUACUGCCAUCAACAGCAGAGCCUACUUGCACAACAAAGUCAUCACAGCCUCGGACCAAGUGCUCAACCUCGUCGAACAGUUUCAGAAGAAAAGCAAACUCUGAACAAAUUGAUCAGAACAAUAACUUUUGCACAAGUUUGUGUUUAAAAAUGUAAUUAAAGGAGCAGGUUAUUAUUUCAAACUCCUGUGUUGUUAGGGAGGCGAAUUGCAACUGCAAUGAAAUCAAUCCCAUAUGAGAUGCUUUUUUUAGAAAAUGUGUCAGAGCUAAGAAUCGUUCGAAUUGUUCUGGAUGAGGCUGAGGGGGAAAAAAUGUGGAAUGAAGAAAUAUUACAUGGCAGUAUUAUGAAUGACCUUUCUUCGGGCAAGUAGGGUAUUCAGACAGUCAAUAUUGGUAUCAGGACCAUUUACCUGCCUAAAACGCCCCAACUAGUGUUGGCCUAACAAAGAAAGUCAGGUAUAUAAGGGUACCUUGUCAUAUUGCAAACCACAGUGUAAUAUUUAAACUCUGCUUCUAGUCUAGCAUGUCAUUGUUCUUCUUAAGAACAAAGACACUAGUCAGACACAUCUAUCAGCCAAAGUCUUGAAGGAAAACUUCAACCCCAAACACAAGAAAUUUGAGCAAUUAUCAUGCUGUAUUAUCCAUUAAUACCAAUGAAAAUGUAGUGGUCAUCUAUUGUUCUGACAUCACGGGGGGACAUGGUACAAUGGUGUUUAAUAUGAAAAAAAAUCAACAUAAAUAAAAAAUUGUAAAUUUCUUGCUAGGUCUUAAAAAUCAUAAGCUCUGAUUUCCUCUCCCAGCAUUUUUCCAGUGAUGGUUCCUGUCCUAUUAAUGAGAAAUCCAGUGGGGAAGUAGAGCAGACAGCAAGCUUGGGACUCAUAUUUUCAGAAUGCAAUGCAGUUAUACAAUAUAGUUGCACAGAGACAGAGCUAUGGCAGAGAAUCUGCUCAGCUGGUUAGCGAUAUACAAGAUGAAAAGCACAAUAGUGCUGAAUUUGGUGCAUUCGAAUCUUAUCUGCUUGAGUAGAAUGUCCCGAGGAGGAGGUUUGAGAGUGGAGCAGACUAAAGAACUAAAGUGCUGCCCCGUUGCUGUCUUCAAGUAGAGACGAGUUCCCACUGGGAUCUCCAAUACCUGGUGGUUGGACUGCAUGUUUGGAUGGAGGGGUCGGUUCAGGGUGGAUUUCUCCUUUAAGUGAGUUAACACAGGCGGCUCUGAAAGCUUGAGUAUUUGCUUAUUUUUCUCAUGAUUUUAAGCAUUUGGUCAAAAUGUCAAUGAUGGUUCUCUUAACUUGGCAGAAGCUUACAGAGAGUGAGCUGUAAGGACAUCACAAUUAAACACAUAUUGUAUAUAGCGUGCGGGUUUUAUAUCAGGUGUUAUUUAGAGUUUUAUAUGGUUUGAGCUUCAGUUGUAAAUACGAACUAAUAUUUCAACAUGAUUUACUUACAGGUAAAAAUCUAAACCGCUUUACAGUCCAUUCACUCCUUUGAGACGUUGCUUGUGCGCUUCCUUUCAGCACUUACACAAGUAUUAUUUCACUGCAGGCUUGUUGUGUGCUUUUGAAAGACUAGGAGUAAUGAGGUGAGAAGAAUCUAUCAGAGCCUGUCAUGUCCCUGCUUCACAUCAUGCGUUUGAGAGAAUGAGGCAGAGUGAGUGGGCGGAGCCCGCUAGAAGAAAUAAUGCUUUGAUUUCUUUAUUAGAGUGAUGUCCAUUAGUGUGAAAUGCUCGCACCUAUGUCGGCCCAGCCUCUAUUUUUUUUUUCUCCUAAUAUACCAAGAGAAGUAUGGUGGAUAAGUGAACAAUUCAUAAGAAUGUGUUUUUGCUUCAACCUAGAUUUAUGUAUAUAUCGAUUCAUUUGUAAUAAACGAUGGUCUGCAAUCA